AUGAUUCGGGCGCUUCUCCAAGAUUGCCAUCUUCGACUGCGUAGAUACAACAGGGUUUUGAGCCAGGCGGUUACAAAGUGCGCCGAACUCAUCGGUGAGGACGGAGUCACACAUUUGCAACAAGUGAUUAAUAAACGGGCCAGAAACCUGCGAGCAACAAGAGAUGCCGAGCUGGCGGUCAAGCUCCAGGGUAUAAGCCAAUCAUCUCAAGAGGAGAACGAAGUCCUGGUGCACAACAUGUCCUCUAAGCAGCUGACCCCUGCACAAAUGAAAGCGCUGAGUCAUGAGGCCUGCUUUAACACCACAGACGCCGAUCCGGUCAAUUUCGUGGCCACGGUCGAGUCGAUUCUCAAACAAACCGGGGAAUCCGACGAAACAAAGCAACUCAUACGACAGCAGGUAACCUCCUUGGCGAUGGCGCACAAACCACGUGCAACUAUUACCAAGGCCGAGCAGAGUGCUCUCAAGACACUGAGGGUGACACCAGCAUCGUGA